GGUGAGCCGUCCGCUCGGCAUACGUCGAACUAGGUGCCCCGCGUUGGGGCGUCUCCUGGCAUCGAGCAUCGGUGUGUCGUGCAGUCGAUCGGGGGACGACCACCGCCUUCUUCGAAGUCACCGUUAGUCUCGGACCGUACCGAACUGAAACGUCUAAACGACUGUAACGGAAACGUCGCGUCGUCCCGCCUGUUUCUCCCGUUAUAUUCCCCACCGGUGUGUCAGCGCAGACACGGCGACGACGAUGAGACAACGACGAUGGUACUCGUGGUAGGGCGACCACAGUGCGUCGUGGCCAGUGCGGGCGUCGGCAUCGUCGUCGGUUGUGCACGCGAUCGGACGAGCAAGGAGAUGGUGUCCCCGGAUCGUUCAGAGGAAAGUGACUUGGUUGCUAAAGCUGCUGCCGCUGCUGUUGCCGCUGUCAGUGCCGCGUCCGCGUACAACCUCCUCGACGUCGACGUCGUGGUAGCCGCUGCCUUAGCUUUCGCCACUGCCGCCGUAGCCGUCACCAUCACCGUCACCGCCACCGCCACUGCUGCUGCUGCCGCUGCCGUUACUAUCGCUGCCGUCACCACCGCUACCGUCAACGUCAACGCUGCCGUGACUCUCACCCCCAGUCCCGCCACUGCCAAUACUGCCGUUUUCAACGCUACGAGUACUAUUGCUCUUGCUGCCAACCAGGCUUCCAGCGCGACUCGUCAGACAGUCUAACCCUAGACCCCAACUUAUAACGGUUCACGUAGUGUACACGAUCGUGUUGCAGUGAGUCAGAGAACAAGAUCGAACGGAGGAAGGACGUGGCUCGUUGAAACUCGUGACACAGCGGAGUGAUCGCAUCGUGGUGGAAAUUCCAUCGUUUCUUUAGUUUUACGCUCGUAUCGUUCGCGUGUUACCUUCUCUAACCGUCUGUCACCUGGUCGAGCUUGACCCGAUUGUCUCUGCCGGCAGAUUGCAGGAAUAUCCCGAGUUGCCGAGUGCUUCUCGCGGCUACGAAUCGGGACAAGGGAAACGUCGUGGCGUGUUUAAUAUCAUCGUCGAGCACGAUGGCUUGCGAAUCGUUUAAGCUCAAACGAUGGCCGAUUCACGCGGCUUCAAGCCAAUAAACCAGUUGUGGCAGAGCGCGGCAGUGUCGACGGACCCGGAUUCGGAGUGUCUCUACGAAGAAAUCUCGGGACUUUCGGGGUCCCAGGAUACGGAGCCAGGGCCGGCUGGUGCCGCCGUCGGGGAGGAGGAGGAGGAGGAGGAGGAGGAGGAAGAAGAGGAAGAGGAAGAAGAAGAAGAAGAAGAAGAGGAAGAGGAGGAGGAAGAACGAGGAGCGAGACGACUCGAUUUCGGUGCACAGGUCGGCGGUAGCAGCUGGUGGAGACAUCACAAUAAAGGGGGAAGCGAGAGGAACGUCGGUAACGCGGCGGGUACUGGGAGCGGACGUAAGAGUAGCAAAAGUGUCGGGACUAGCGCGGGAUCGCGCACCAGGUCGGCCGAUCGGCCAUCGAGCGGACGUCGUAACAUCAUCAGGGUGGAGGAGGAGCAGUAUGCCUCACGAAGAAGUUACGUGGAGUCCGGUACAGGCGCCAUACUGCCGCCUCCUGCUACCGGCCACAAGCUGACCAGGGGGCGUGCAACCAACACCGUCGCCCGCUAUUUACAUUCCGCCUCCACCAACACCGGUCACUACCAUCAUCAUCAUCACGGGUUGCACGGACAGUAUCCGGCCGGAAGUACCGGCAGGCAUCACCAGCAUCAUCACCCAAGCCGCGGCUCGUUCAGUAAUGAGACGCAGGAAGAGAUACAGGAGGACGAUGAAGCCACUCUACGGGAGUUGCUUGUAAGUCUGCAGAAACAGGUCAGCGUUAUGAGUAUGAACUUGAGUGCCAAGCUGGACGAGCUGCAGCGGGGUGACCGCCAGCUGGAGACCACCGUCGCCCUCUGCGAGAUCCGCACCCAGCUGCAGGAACUCACCAAGAGCGUAGAGUCUUGCCAGAGCGAGGUCAGCGAGGUGAAACGGGACAUGGUCGCGAUCAAGCAUGAACUAGAUACAGUACAACAGGUGAAAGAAGAGAUAGAGGAAUUACGAGAAUACGUGGAUCGACUCGAAGAACAUUCUCAUCGACGGAAACUUAGACUUUUGGAGCAGGGGCUAACGCUUUUCCUGUCGUAUGCAAUACUGGCAGCAGUUUUAGGGAUGUUGCAGUUUGGAUACAACACUGGAGUCAUUAAUGCGCCGGAAGUGAAUAUUGAAAAUUUUAUGAAAGACGUGUACAAGGAUAGGUAUGGAGAAGACAUUUCAGACGAUUCGGUGAAGAAAUUGUAUUCGGUGGCAGUGAGCAUAUUCGCGAUCGGUGGUAUGCUAGGUGGUUUUAGCGGAGGAAUAAUUGCCAACAGAUUUGGCAGAAAGGGGGGCUUACUGCUAAACAACGUGCUGGGCAUCGUGGGGGCGUGCCUGAUGGGUUGUACAAAGAUUGCUCACUCGUACGAAAUGUUGUUCUUCGGACGGUUCAUCAUUGGUGUCAAUUGUGGCUUAAACACCUCGCUGGUUCCCAUGUACAUAUCGGAGAUAGCACCAUUGAACCUGAGAGGCGGCCUAGGCACGGUGAACCAGCUCGCUGUUACGGUGGGCCUCCUGGUCUCCCAGGUGCUGGGCAUCGAACAAAUCCUUGGAACGAACGAGGGUUGGCCGGUUCUCUUAGGGCUAGCUGUAUGCCCUGCCAUUCUACAGUUGUUGCUGCUUCCAGUUUGCCCUGAAUCUCCAAGAUAUUUGCUCAUUACCAAACAGUGGGAGGAAGAAGCCCGUAAAGCUUUGAGAAGGUUGAGAGCCAGUAACCAAGUGGAGGAAGACAUCGAGGAAAUGAGAGCGGAAGAGCGGGCUCAACAAGCCGAGUCUCGAAUAUCGAUGACAGAGCUCAUAUGUAGCCCGACUUUAAGAGCACCCCUCGUUAUCGGUGUGGUUAUGCAACUUUCCCAACAGCUUUCAGGCAUUAAUGCUGUGUUUUACUAUUCGACAAAUUUGUUCACUAGUUCUGGUUUGACAGAGGAGAGUGCCAAGUUUGCAACCAUUGGCAUAGGUGCCAUUAUGGUUUGUAUGACGUUAGUAUCCAUCCCGCUUAUGGAUAGAACCGGAAGACGUACGCUCCACUUGUACGGUCUUGGUGGCAUGUUUAUCUUUUCAAUAUUCAUCACAAUUUCUUUUCUGAUAAAGGAGUUUUUCGGUUAUGUGCAGGAAAUGAUUGAUUGGAUGUCUUAUCUGUCGGUUGUAUCGACGCUCAGUUUCGUCGUGUUCUUUGCUGUCGGGCCUGGAUCCAUUCCUUGGAUGAUCACGGCCGAGCUGUUCUCGCAAGGUCCUAGACCUGCCGCCAUGUCUAUCGCGGUCCUUGUCAAUUGGAUGGCUAAUUUUUUGGUUGGCAUUGGUUUUCCAAGUAUGAAGACUAGCCUUGAAAACUACACGUUCCUACCAUUCAGUGCAUUCCUAGCCAUCUUCUGGAUCUUCACGUACAAGAAGGUUCCUGAGACCAAGAAUAAAACGUUCGAGGAAAUUCUAGCUUUAUUCAGGCACGGUAACGACAGCAGGAGCAGCUUGCGGGACAGCAGACUUUAUGGGAGCAUGCUAAACUGUGUGAAUGCAUUAGAGGGACACAUACCGCCAGCAGAGAGUGCAGCCCUGAUGGUGGCCGAGGAGAAGCCACAUCCUGAUUCAUUUGUGUUUGCAGCUGGAUCCGAGCGAUCUUCCGGCGCACCCGCUCAACCGGAGAGACCACCGCCCCCGCUUCCCCCGCCACGCUUUCCGAACAGCGGUGUCUGACAAUGGGAAACAGCUCCUCUUAAUAUUGGUAAUCUAGUGAUCAUGAACGCGUCAAUCCCACUGCCGUUACUGCUCACCACAAACAGCCUCACAUUGGAGAAUCAAUUGUACGAGAUCAUCACGGAGAGGAGCAAGGCAUGCGCGGCAUUCUUGAGGAACAGUCUACGAAGGGCGGUUAACGCGACAAUUAUUAGCUGGAGCGUCACGGACAACUACGAGAAUAAUGUGUCGUGCAAUCAUGCCUAAGAAAACGAGACGAAAGACGUUCGACGGUACGAACGAGUUUACGAAAAUGAUGAGAGUCUUGUUAUAUUAGACGAACGUUUCGACGAUGAACGAUGACUCGUUUAAGCGAGAGAUUAUGUUCGAUAACACCUAACCGAUAGGUGCUGGUCACAAGAUCUAAAUGCUCGUUGUUUCGCGGAUCUUUCAGCAAGACGUUACGAUUUUCUAAAUAAAUUAGAGCGGCGGUUCAGUUUGGGGGAUGAUAGAUACACCGAGUCGAAAUUCAACUCUUCCUUCGAUCAUAAGAGCCGGUGAUUCUUUCAAGUAAAAGAUACAAUUUAUAAAUUCAUUAAUAGUAAAAUUAUUUGGUUGCAACAAGGAACAGUAAUUAUAAUUAAAAUACUUUUGUAACAGAUAAUGUAAUUGCAACUUUAGUCUAAUUAAAAUUGAUAUUUCGACUCGGGAUGAUUCGUUGAUAACGAGAAUUAAUCGAUACGAUUACGAUCGAGGCUGAGAAAAUUAGAUAGAAACGAGGUAACGAAUAUCCUCGAAAAAAAAUAAUAAAGAAUCUAAAUAAAUGUUGCGAAAGUGAUUGUGCCUAGAUACAUGUUUGAAAAAAAUGAUUAAGAAAUUGGACCGUGAUCACUACAAGCAUUUGGACUUCGUGCGACACAUCGAAGAAUAAUAGAACGUAUAAUUGAUAGUUGCGACGAAUCGUUUAACGAAACCCCACAGGAAGAAUGAAAGGUGUAUAUCUAUAUAUACAUAUAUAUACUUCACUUUUAUAUACGUUCAUUUCAUAUACGAUUUAUUGAAAAUUGUACGUCUUUUUGUAUCACUGUCGUCUUUAUAUCUCGUUGCACUGUACUACAACUUACACCCCCGUUCAUAAGUAUCCGGACACAUUCUAAAACAGAAUACUCUUUGUAAAAUUUUAAUUACUGGUAACUUCUAAGUGCAUUGACCGAUCUCGAUAAAAUUUUCAGCAUACACAUAACUUAUUUGAAUCUACGGAAGACAUAUUUUAAAUUUUCAUUACAGGCUCGAAUAAAAAAGUUAAAAAAUUGCCUUCUACUAUUUUUGUCGCGACUGCGACAAACUGUAAUUUUAUUAAAACGACAAAAGCUAGUAUAUUAAUUUUUAUAACGCCUCAAUAAAUCUCAAGUCAUUUGGUCCAAUUUUACAAAGAGUAUUCUGUUUUAGAAGGUGUCCGGAUACUUAUGAACGGGGGUGUAUGUGUUGAUCGAUCAAUUGAAUUCGAUGAGUGUUACGAUUACGAAUCUGGUAUCGACCAAAUCGUUAAAAAAAAAAAAAAAAGAACGAAGCCUAUGUGUGUUUAAUAGUUCGAAAAUGAUAGACGUACAACUAUAGAAACGUUGUUCUUAUACGGUGCCUCACAGAAACAACAUUUUACAAAAUUCGUCGAUCGUUUUAUCUUAUAAAAGUACAGGGACGCAGUGGUACAAACGAGAGGGUGUCAUUUAUUACGAUAACAAAUUUUUCAUUUCAAAUUAUUUCAAAAAUUUUAUUUAACAUGUCGAGUGUCACAAUAAAAAUACUUUCAUUUUCUUUAGUUAUGUUCGAUAACACCAAGCCGUUGACUGCCAUUGUUUUUGUUGACUUAAAUUUCAUUUCUUUUACACUUAGAUAAAAUCAUAAAUUUUAUUAAAUCUUAAUUAUAAAAGAUACAAAGAGCUAAUUUUGAAAUUUAAAUUUUCAAUUUCCAAUCCUAUAAAAUUUGUCUUCUUUGCUUUUUUUUUAAUUAUUAAAAAAAUCUUAGUUUCCUUUAUUACAACGUGACAGCCAACAUGUUAAAAGUGACUUCACUUUUCAAACAAUAAUUAUUUGGUUAAAACGAAAAAGCAAAGAAAAAAGAAAUAAGUAUUAAAACCUUCUUUCAUUGGUUUAAUGCAAUAAUAGUUUAAAUGUUAUAUACACGAAAGUUUCGCACGAGAGUUCAUCACCCCUUCGAUUGAACCACAAUUAAUCGGUAGUACCUUGUACAUUCGGAGGCAUGCCUUUUCUUACUACCUUUUGUCGUUAAUGUUUUACACCGAAAUGCACGUAAUUCGAUGUUAGGCAAACUCUUUUAGGGGAAGAAAAUUUCCCUCGUAUGUACAUAAAUGUAUAUACUGUAUACUUCUAUGGUACUUAACACGUCGACGCAUAAGAGACAAGAAAAAUGUAUGAUAAUCCUAUACUAUUUGAUAUAGUAUAUUCAAUUCCCUAUUAUUAACCAAACACGAAAACUAUGUCGUAUAAGAAGUAUACAAAAAUUGUUUUACUCGAGUCACAGCGAAUAUCGACUGGUAAACACAGUUACCUUUUAAAGCACCCUAUUUUACGUUAAAUAACGAAAGAAUUUUUAAUGAAAAUCACUGUUCGAUAGAUUAUAUUAAACGCGCAACAACAGUCAUGAUUAAUUAAUGAAAUAUUAGAAUGUUAUUGAAAGAAAAAAAUGAUUUCAACUUCUUAUUUUUCUGCUUACGAGUUGGUAAAUAUAGACUAUCUUUCGUUUGAUAAUUAUUAAAAAAAAAAAGAAAAAAAAAUGAAAUAAUCAGCACUGAAGAAUACAUUAACACCGUGGAUUUAAAAAACCACCUCCCUCGUUAGCUUAUAUUCGAUAAAACUAAACGCAACUUCGAAUCGGUUCACUAUCGAGAUACUUGCGGUAUAAUCGCGAUAUAAUAUUGUAGAAUAGAAGAAAUAAAUAAAAUAAAUAAAUAACAUCAUGUGCAGUGAAUCGCGUGUUGUAACUUAACGAAAGAAAUAAAAAAGAACAAAAAAAA